GAAGGGACACAAAUCACUUCAAUUUGAACAAGAGGGGCAUUGGGGCUCCAAGGAUAUUGCCUUCUCAUAUUCACCCACUUUUGCGUUUUCCUUUUUCUGCUUAAGAAAGACCAGAAGAGGAAAAGGAAGAGUUGAGGGGAAAAGUUGUAAGGGAGUUAUGAUAUUUCAUAUUAGAUCUGCCUAAUCGUUCUGUGUUUCUAAAUCAGAAACACCAGCUGGUCCGAGGAAACAUUACCAGUAUACACUGACGGCACAUUUGGAGAAACUGCGUCUUGUUUCCACAUUCCUUGAAUAUAUCGCGGUCUCUUUUCCCUCUUGGAGACGACGGGAUCUGUGUUUGUUUCCAAACUCUUUCAAUCUAAGCGCUGAGCUGUCAGAUCUCUCCCUCUCUCUCUUUUACGCACGGGAGGUGGGCACCUGAGAACGGUAUCGCGCACCGACGGGACGGGAGUGUGAGAGUUCCCAUUUUCAUGUUUGGGAUUCAGGAGAGCAUCCAAAGGAGUGGGAGUACUUUGAAAGAAGAGCCCAUCGGAGCCGGCAUGAACGCAGUCCGAACAUGGAUGCAAGGUGCCGGGGUGCUGGAUGCGAACACGGCCGCGCAGAGCGGAGUGGGGCUGGCCAGGGCGCACUUCGAGAAACAGCCGCCCUCAAAUCUUCGCAAAUCCAACUUCUUCCACUUCGUUUUAGCGCUUUAUGACCGGCAAGGACAACCAGUUGAAAUUGAGAGAACGUCUUUUGUUGGAUUUGUGGAAAAAGAGAAGGAGACAACUGGAGAAAAGACAAACAAUGGAAUACAUUACAGACUGCAACUUCUUUACAGCAACGGAAUCAGAACAGAGCAGGAUUUUUAUGUACGACUAAUUGACUCCAUGACUAAACAGGCAAUCAUCUACGAAGGUCAAGACAAGAAUCCUGAGAUGUGCCGUGUCCUCCUGACUCAUGAAAUCAUGUGCAGUCGUUGCUGUGACAAAAAGAGUUGUGGGAACCGUAACGAGACGCCCUCCGAUCCCGUCAUCAUCGACAGGUUUUUCCUGAAGUUUUUCCUGAAAUGCAAUCAGAACUGUCUGAAGAAUGCAGGAAACCCACGAGACAUGCGACGCUUUCAGGUGGUUGUGUCGACAACAGUGAGUGUAGAAGGACACGUGCUGGCUGUUUCAGAUAACAUGUUUGUGCACAACAACUCCAAACAUGGCAGAAGAGCCCGGAGACUAGACCCGUCAGAGGGAUCGCAGUCAUACCUGGAGCACGCAGCACCUUGUGUCAAAGCCAUCAGUCCCAGUGAAGGCUGGACAACAGGCGGCGCUACUGUCAUCAUCAUCGGAGACAACUUUUUUGACGGUCUGCAGGUCAUCUUCGGCACUAUGUUGGUCUGGAGCGAGCUCAUCACACCUCAUGCCAUCAGAGUUCAGACCCCUCCACGUCACAUCCCCGGGGUGGUCGAGGUCACGCUCUCCUACAAGUCCAAACAGUUUUGCAAAGGCACACCUGGCAGAUUCAUCUACACAGCCCUGAAUGAACCCACCAUAGACUACGGUUUUCAGCGGUUACAGAAGGUGAUACCCCGGCACCCUGGAGACCCUGAGCGUUUGCCUAAGGAAGUGAUUUUGAAGAGAGCCGCAGAUUUGGUGGAAGCACUUUAUGGGAUGCCACAUAACAACCAGGAAAUCAUUCUAAAGCGAGCAGCUGACAUUGCUGAGGCCUUGUACAAUGUGCCGCGAAACCACAACCAGCUGACCGGCCUGACCAACAGCUCCGUCCAUGCGAGCAUGAUGGGAGUGAACUCCUUCACUGGACAGCUCGCUGUUAACGUCUCAGAGUCGUCUCAGGGCGGAAACCAGGGUUACUCUCGUAACACAAGUAGUGUAUCUCCACAUGGUUAUGUGCCAAGCUCCACCCCUCAACAGAGCACUUACAGUACGGUCUCCACCAACAUGAAUGGCUACGGCAACAGUGCCAUGACCAACCUGACCGGCUCGCCGAGUUUCCUGAACGGCUCCGCCGCCAAUUCACCAUAUGCCAUUGUCCCGUCCAGUCCCACCAUGGCCUCAUCCACCAGCCUGCCGUCAAACUGCAGCAGUUCCUCUGGCAUCUUCUCCUUCUCUCCAGCAAACAUGGUUUCAGCUGUCAAGCAGAAGAGCGCCUUCGCUCCUGUCGUCCGGCCUCAGUCAUCGCCUCCACCCACAUGCACCAGCACCAAUGGAAACGGUCUCCAAGAUCAGUCUUUUGUCGACUCUAACAAGUACUCCACAGCCAGCGCACUCCAGGGCCUGGCCUUCUCCUGAAUGAUCCCUGGGAUGAUUGUUCCUCCCAUGUAGGGUGUGUUUGUGUGUGUGUGCGUGCAUGUGUGUGUGUGUGUGUGUUUGUGUGUAGACAGACAGAAAGAUGAAACGCUCUGUCAUGCCACUUGUCUCACCGAGCGUGUGCAGAAGACUCCGGCAUGGGACUGACGCCGCAGUCCUGCUCUGAAGGAUGAAAACCAACAAACUCAGGCCCUUUUUAAACACAAUCUGCUUUGAACUAGAGGAAGAACAAUACGAGAGAGAUAAAAACAUUGAACUGAACUAUUGUACCUCCCUGUUUUAAUGUUUGUACUCACCUUGUUGACACUUUUUAAGAUAAGAGGCACAGCACAGGCAAAGCUUACCCGCCCUAUCUGAACUAUUACAUGAGAGGUCUAUUUAUUUAAGAAAAAACCUUAACAGUUAUUGAUUUGCCAUCGGAUUUGUGUGUUCUUGUUUGUGCCGCCAUUUUUAUGAGAUGACACAGUAUUGCAGUGGUUUCUAUUUAUGAUUUUGUAUGCUGAAUGAAGGAUUACCAGUGAUGUUCAUGGAGGUUAAUGUACCGCUAAAUUUCCAUGCCUGUUUUGGGGUUUUGAGGACACCCUAAUGGCCCUAAUGUCAAUUAGCCAGUCUACAAAAUGUGCCAGCAAUGUGAAUUAAAUUCCCUCAAACUAAGUCCUAAAACUGAUAAAGGGACAAAAAUUAAAUUUAGCUCUUUGACAUUGGGUUAAAACCACAUCAUUUUUGUGUUUGCCAAAUGGAGCAUUGUUGUUGUCAUGUCAUGACCUUUACACUCAUGUUCCAUUAGUUAACAUAAUGCUGCCUUUCAGUUUAACUUCAUACUUUUUAAAUAAAUGGCCAGUUAAAAACUUAGUUUUUGAACACUAGAGAUGCACCGAUAUAUCGGCAAAUAAUCGGUAUCAUGGUUAAAAGCAAUUUGCAGUCUUUUUCUGUAAUUCAGUGGUUUUGACUGUCUAAAAUCUGAAAAAAAAAGAUAACAUAAGAAAUGUUACAUAAAAUUAUGUAAAAAUUUAAAAUGCAGAUGUUACGUCCUGUUGUGUAGAUUCAAGCAUUGUAAUUGCUAAAUUUACAAAAUACAACAAGAUGAAGGUGUUAGUCAACGCAACUUUAAAAAGUUAUCAUAGUUUAAAAACUUAAAAUAUUGACUUGAUAUAAAAACAAACCAACUCAUUUUCAACGAUGAAAGCGUAUCGAAUUCCUUCAUAAAUUUAAAACUUUUCGGUUUUUACAAACAGAAGCUACACAAUGUUGUAGCGUUAUGGAAAACCCAUUGGUUUCGAACUGUGAGAGAUGCCAGAAACGCAAAUGUUAACUCUUACAAUGUGGCAUCUAUGUAUACAUAUCUAUGGUUCUUGGGUUCACGGAACUCGUCUCCUAAAACCGAUCUGAUGUGACUUUAAGGCAGCAUUAGACAUGUCAUUCUCACCCCUACCCAGUCUUAUCUCAUUAUAAAGUGUAUAGACCAAACACUUACUCAUAUAGUCACACAAAAUAGACUCUGCACAAAUACACAAUAGUUACGGAGCCAAGGGGGUCAAAUUACCCCAAGUUUUUUUAAAGCUCUUUCUAUCUGCUUUAUUCAAAGAAAUAUGAAGGAUUUUUUGUUUAGUUGCAUUCAAAUGUGCCGAAGAGAGAAAUUCAUUGUAUGUCUUCUUGAGUAAUUUUGUUUCUUUUAUAGACAAACUGUGAUAAUCAUUUAGUUGCAAUGUGCUUCCUCCCACAAACAGAUCAUGACUGAUUCAAAGAUAGUGGAAUGAGACGAUGAAAGUAUUUCACGUUCAUUCGAGCUGAUACAAGAAUCAUUCUAGCAAUGUGAAGUCUCUUUCAAUGAAUAAUUGACCACCUAUAGAUGAAGCCAUUACAUUUGUGUGCUUUUGUACAGAAUGAUAAAUAUGUUUGAUUUUGUAAGUUUCUCCUUUUUUUAGCCAAAGUCCUUGUUAAAAUAUAUUUAUACAUCAAAAUGGAGUCAAAAGGCAGCUUUGAACAACUUGGUGUCAAUGAUCUAAUGUUUACGGCAUACGCAGAUCUCAUAGAGUUUAGCUCGGAUGUUAUUAUGAUCAUGAAGAGAAAUGUGUAGGAUAUCCAUAUGAAUCAUGCAUGUAUGUAUGGCUCGAAUCUACUUCAGUUGUCCAAUCUGCGUUUUCAUCAUUUUUACUCUUUGGCGACAUGUUUUUUUUGUCCGUAAAUGUGAUUUUAAGAUGUCAUUUGUAUAGCAAUUUUGUAUGUCAAAGUACCAUGUUUCUUCUAGUCCAUUCGUGGUCGCGUUUAGAGUUUAUGUUAAUGAAAUUGUGUGUUGUUAGCAUUUUGUAACAUAUUUUGUUUCAGAUGGCAAAAUUUAGUAAUAAUAGUAUAUACUUUACUGAGAAUAUAUUCACCAGGUAAACAAUAUAAAUAUAUCAUAUCUUUCAAUUUCGCUUGCCGGGAUCUCACGGAAAGAAAGCGAGUUAUUGUUUUAAUGCACAGAAAAUCUAACAUUGCCUUUCUCUCAAGAGUUGGUUUCUCAAUCCUCCUCAAUAAUUCCCCGGUUAUCUCAUGGAAGUGUACCAACAAUCAAAUGUCUUAUUAUUUAUUUAUUUUUGAAGAAAUGUAUUUAGAUGGUUUGCAUAUUACAAAAGAAGUAUAGGUUAAACUGUGGAGUAACAGCACAAGAGUCUAUACAGUCAUUUAGUCAUACACAUCUCAUUCCAUAACACUCACAUGUCAUGUCUUAAAGAUUCUCACCCCAUCACUUUCUGUUGUAUUACAUGUAGCCUAAUGAACUGCUUCCCCAAACACGUCACUUGUGUCGCAUAUUUAUUUCUUUUUGAAUCGCGGCUUUCUCCAUUGUUGAAGAUUUUAUAAAAUGGUCAUGAAUCAGUUAUCAACAUUUGAUGAUCAAUUGAUGUAUUGGUUAAUAUGUCACACUGACCUGACGUCUGUUAUUAUUCCUGUUGAAUGCAUUACUCUGUUGUAGACUGGACUUACAGUGGGCAGUUAUACAGUGGGCAGUUAAUAUAUUACAUCCUUCUGGCACACAGAAUAUGGCCACUGUUUCUUCAACACAUGAAUUACAGCUCUGCUCUUAUAAUGAAA